GACCGUAGAUUUUAUCAGGUUAAUAAUUUUCAAAAAGAGGGUAUUUCUAAAAAUCGCAGGCGUGGACAAAAUGGUGAACUGCUGACUAGAGGGAAAGUUUUGUUCUAGUUUAUUUUAAUAAAUCAAUGAAAAUCGACAAGAAAUAAUUAUGGCCUGGAAAAGUGUGAAGGUCUUACUAGCUUCUACAGCUACAAUCGCUGUUGCUUCACAAGUGGUAAAAAAGUUAUAUAAGUAUUUCACAACCAAAGAAAGUACACGCUUAGAUGGGACAGAAAAUGAUACAUGCAGUGAAGCCGUGAAUAUAAAAUAUCGUGAAAUAAAUGAUGUGAUAUUAUUUUCUGACAACGUCGUUCGUCACACUAUAAGAGUUCCUCCGAAUAGAGAUGUAACAGUGUGUGAGGGUCGAGAGCAAAAUUGCUUUAAACUCAUCAGAUACAUCAAGUCUGCACGUGAAACAAUGGAUGUAUGCAUGUACUUGAUUACUAGCAAUGAAAUAGCAGAGCAGAUUAUUAGAUUGGGACAGCGACAUGUACUGGUCAGAAUAAUUGUCGAUAGUGAAAUGGCCCUCAGCCCUCCCUCGCAAAUCAAGAGGCUGAAAGAAUACAGUUUUAUCCAAGUACAAACCAGCAAUAAAUCAGUGUUGAUGCAUCAUAAAUUUUGCGUCAUUGACGGGCCCAAUGCCAUAAAAAGGAAGAACAUUUUAAAAUCUUACGCUGAGAAGUUAAACAUUCACGUUUCAGCGACGCAAACAUCGACACAACUGAAACCUAAGCCAUCAAAAGCAUUUGUCAUGUCUGGUUCUUUAAACUGGUCUACUCAAGCUAUGGUAUCAAACUGUGAAAGUGUCAUUGUAACUUCUAACGCAAACAUUGUUAGUAAAUUUGAAAAAGAGUUCGAUAGCUUGUGGACUGAAAAUGAACCGGCCUUCAAAUAAUGACGAAGAUCUGCUGUUUUACUGCAAUGCACUUGGACUUUUAUGACCACGUAUAAUUAUUGGACCUUUUAGAUUUUACAUUACCUACAAAAUGUCUAAGUGCAAGUGCAAUCAAAUGGCGAUAAAAUUUUAUAGUGCUCAACGAAAUAAUAUGAAGUGUGAAAAUAAGAAAAUGACGCAAAAUAACGUAAAUAAAUAUUAUUGUGAGUGUCGAUGGAGAAUGUGAAGUAGUGUACCUUGGAUUGCAGUGUUAACUCGCAAGAUGGCGCUGUUGGAACGAUGACGUAGUUCCGCUAUCCGCCGCUAGAUUUCUCUGGUAAGCAACUUUAACGCAAACAUCCGAUGUCAACACAGAUCCGGAGUUCAGCGUCCGAUAAAACUAAGACGAUAACGAAAUGACUCGUCGAUGAGUCUACAAUCAUCUAAGAACAUCUUAUCAGCGGUACAUCACGCCCAACAAACACAAAGUGGCUGUCUCCUACUUCAAACAUCGUCGUCGCAGUUCACCAAAUUCGAUUUAUUAUAUCUGCUCUUACGCCACAAUGGAAAUUCUUAGUCAUUUUUCCUACUUAACUAAAAUAAUUGAACAAAAUAAAAUUUGCAAUAAUGCAUAUCACUCGGUUUCAUAUAUCUGCUUGUCAAACAUCUUGUUGUAACGUGAUAUUGUUUACUGCAGUUUUGUUUCCACCUCGUUCUGUAAUUUCCGUUGCGGCGAAGCAGAGGCGUCCACGUGUCUUACCUAGUUUUAAUUAUCGAAUUUGAUUCAAGAGGAAAACGCAAAAAUGCCUCCCUAGUCUUUAAGUUUAUUGACUUUAUGAUGUUCUUUGAUCUUUACAACAUUUUUCUGUUUUCCUUCUGGAUCCUAUAACUGACGGUAUUUAUGAAUAUUUUAUUUAUGUAAAUUUAUGAUAUUAUAUACAAUAAAUGUUAAACUGUGCUGUCUCAAGUUUUGAAUUACAUUGACUAACAUUUACUAAAAAUUCUAACGCAUGACUUCAAAAUGUUUUACUUUAUCAACUCGCGAGUGUGCAUGACUAUUAUAUAUUAUUAAGUGUUUAAAUAGUUUUAUUAUUAUGUUAUUUGAUAAAUUGCCUCUCCACUGAAUUCAUAAACAAUAUAGCACCAGCAUAUUUCAACACUUUCUCAGUGUCAUUUUACUUUAGAUGCUAGAAAAGACGAAUAUUCGUUAGUGUAUUCGGUGGACGGACAAUACAAUACCAUGACAUGUUAUUGAAUAAGUCUGAUUAUUUUAUAUUUUAAUUAAUUGUUUUGGGUUUAGUUUCGGUAUAGAAAUGUUUACUUCAACAAUUUGUUAUUGUUUAAUUGCGAUUAUUAAUGUAAAUAUUGAAUAUAUAAUGUGAGAGAAUCGUCGCCUUUGCUCUAAAAGCCAAGGUUUUAGCACCAAAUAGUAAAAUGUUGAACUUGGUAGUGCAUGGCAGUACCAGAGUUGCAUUUAAGUUUUUUUCCAAGAAAAAUUUGAUUAUGCAAUCAGAUGAUUUUUAAUUUAAUCGAUUUGUAAUUUUAAACUAUUUUAUACAUUACGAGUAAUUUUAAUAAACUAUUUCGGCAUGAAA